AUGGACGGCUGGUCGUCGUUUGUCCAAAUUAAUAUAUUUGAUCGACCGUUAUCCGAAAUUGAGGGCAAUUUGAAAGCGUUGCUGAACAAUGCGGGAAUUAAUCAUUUCACAAUAAGCGAGCAACAAAUGUACAUAGGAUCGACGGGUCAAAAUCAGACGCACCAAGCCAAAUCGGCCGAUUCUUCAAAUUUGAGACGAAACGAGAAUGUUGUUUCUCGUCCAUUCGAAAGAAUUGUACAUGUUGAUCAGGCUUUUGUAAGCAAUCCGCCGCCUGCGAAUCAAUCAAGUUCUUCAUCACGCCAAGUCGUAGUCGUUGAAAAGACAAAUUCGACGAAUUCUAAUAAUGCCAAUUCCAAUGGGAAAACUAUAAAAAAGGAAUGCAAUGAAACAUUCAAUUUUGUGGACUUUUUCGAAAAUCAAGGAUAUAACAUUAAGCAUUUGUUCGACACUCCAUCGACAUCGGAAAAUGGUACAAAUUCAACGUAUUUCGGAUAUUCUGAAGAUGAUUUGAAUAGGGUUCAUACGAUCAAAUGUCAAUGGCCGGGUUGUGUUCAAAAAUAUACUUGGAAGAUUCGUUAUGGGAAACUUCGUCUAAUGGAUCAUGCUCUAACGCACUGCGAACAAAAGAAGUUGCCUUGUCACGUAUGUGGAUUUCUAACACAAAAUGUUCGACAAAUGAGAGGACAUUAUGCUUCGAAGCAUCCGAGUCAAAAACCCAAAGGAUACGGCAUAAGAGAUAUUCCUAUCAGCAAUGACGAAAUGAGAAUGUUGUGGCACAAAUGUUUUUCCAACAGUAUCGGAAUUCUUGGAGAAGCAUCGAAUGAAGCAAAAUUCGUGAGACAAAUACGCCCAAAGAAGCCAAAAUUGGCAACCUAG